UAUACCUCCCGCAGAAGAGUUAGUAAACCUCAACAGCGCGUGGCAUCAUGUUGUCGACUAGAUCAACUCGAUUGGCUAAGUCAGCUGUGAGCAGACUGCUUCAAAAGCAGUCUGUCCGAUCGAUGGGGACUACCAAAUCGUUCGUAAGUUAGCGGGUGCUCACGAUGCGACGAGAUGCGAUGAGAUCCGAUACAAAACGAUUCGAUGCGCAAUGUGAUGUGUAUUGACAACCAGUUGGCUCCAAUAUUUGCAUUGCGCAAUGCGUGAAUUGAAUGUUUAGAUCGAGCUGACAUCUUAUUUUUUCGCAUACCUGUUUCUUUUCGUUCGAUUGCAAUCACUGAUUACGACAUGGUUUUUUUCUGCAAAUCAAUGUACGUUGAUGACGAUGGUGCAUCCAUUGUGUGGAAAAUUAAAUGUUUGGCGUUCAAAUAGCACCUGGAAAGCAAGGACAACAAUGAAACUACUUUUUUCGACUUCACCGAUGAAAACUACGAACGUGCAAAUCGGAUUCUCCAAAAGUAUCCCGACAAUUAUCGCCAGGCGGCCAUGAUCCCGUUGCUCGACUUGGCUCAGCGCCAGAACGGAGGAUGGUUACCUCUUGCUGCCAUGGACAAGGUGGCCCAGAUCUGCAACAUCGCUCCAGUCCGAGUUUACGAAGUUGCGUCCUUUUACACAAUGUUCAACCGAACUCCUGUUGGAAAAUACUUCAUGCAAGUGUGUGGAACAACUCCGUGCAUGAUUUGCGGUAGUGAAGAAAUCAUGAAGACCAUUCAAGAUCACUUAGGGAUAAAGAAUGGGCAAACUUCGGAUUGUGGAUAUUUUACUCUAUUGGAAGUUGAAUGUUUGGGAGCUUGUGCCAACGCUCCAAUGGUGCAAAUUAACGACGAUUACUACGAAUGUUUGAGCAAGGAAACCAUGAUUGAAUUGUUGGAAGCUAUGAAAAAAGACGAACUCCCCGCUGUAGGAAAAUGGGGUUCUCUUCCAAUGAAUGGACAAGUAAGUUGCGAGGGUCCCCUUGGAAAGAACAGUUUGUUUACCAUUCCUAAGCCACCGGCAAUAGAUCCCGAUCGCUUCAAGGAUGGCAAUGUCGAUCCCGCCGAUGUCAAGAAGCACAUGGCUUACUAAACGCCGGAGUCGAAAGCCUACCACAGAGCCUCACUAAUAUGCAAUGCAUUGACCUGAAAAAAGCGCUGUUAGAAUAUAAGAAAUCAGUAUUA